AUGCGCCGACUGACGUGGUACGACGGAAUAGGUGGGCACGGGCGAAUACACCACCGGGUUUGUCGGGGUGGUGCCUCGGGAUCAGACAAGAAGGUCGGCGUAGUCGGAUUGACCAUGUUUGAUCUGCGCCGACGAGGCAAAGUGGGCGAUCUGAGUAUGGUGGGCGUGUCUGGCAAGAAAUAUCCCGGCAUUCGCGAUCACUUGCACCGCAAUAUCUGCCAGGUUUACAACGGACUGGAUACCUCCUUCACCUCGUAUCCCGCCGACGAUCAAACCGAUCCGGAUGCCUACAAGACGGCCAUUGACGCCCUUCCCAAGGGCUCCGCCAUCACCAUCUUCACCCCCGACUCGACCCAUUUCCCCAUCGCGCUGUAUGCCAUUGAACGGGGCCACCACGUUCUCAUCACCAAGCCCGCCACCCAGCGGCUAGAGGACCACCUCACUCUCGUGGAAGCCGCACGCAAAGCAGGCGUCUUUGUCUUCGUGGAGCACCACAAGCGCUUCGACCCCGCGUAUGCGGAUGCGCGGGCCAAGGCUCGCUCGCUCGGAGAUUUCAAUUACUUCUACAGCUACAUGAGUCAGCCAAAGAGUCAAUUGGAGACGUUCAAGGCGUGGGCGGGCCGCGACUCGGAUAUCUCCUACUAUCUGAACUCGCACCAUAUCGAUAUCUGCGAGAGUAUGGUGCCAGAUUACAAGCCGGUACGAGUCACCGCGACCGCGUCUCAAGGCACGGCGGCAGCGGUGGGCUGUAUCCCCGAGACCGAGGACACCAUCACACUGCUGGUGGAGUGGCGGAGGAAGGACGAUUCAUCGAAAAUUGCCACGGGCGUGUACACGGCCAGCUGGACUGCGCCGUUGAAGGCGGGUGUGCACUCAAACCAAUACUUUCACUAUAUGGGUGCCAACGGCGAAAUCCGCAUCAACCAAGCCAAACGCGGAUACGACGUGACCAGCGAUGAUCAGGGACUGGUGUGGUACAACCCAUUCUACAUGCGCUAUGCCCCCGAUGAAGAGGGCAACUUUGCUGGUCAGACGGGCUACGGAUACAUCAGCUUUGAAAAGUUCAUCGAUGCCGUGACGGCGCUGAACGAGGGUCGGGUGACCCUGGACCAGUUGGAUGCUCGUCCUCUGCCCACCUUGACGAACACAAUCGGGACGACUGCCAUUUUGGAUGCGGGACGCAAGUCGCUGGAUGAACGGCGCCCUGUGGAAAUUAUCUGUGAGGAUGGCAAGUGGCAGUUGAAGUAG